ACACUCGGAAGGCGGUGGAAAAGUCCGAGGAGUGUAGACGGACGGGUCACGAGCCCAACGCCCCCCAGACCCGUCCGGACUUCGCGAGACGCGGACGCCCAGACUCGUAGGGGAGGGCUGGGCGCGGGGGGGCGGGGGAUCAUUUGCAUAACGGACGCCUUCCUGCCUUCUCGCGCCGGCUCAGGUCCCGCCCCACGCCCUGCUUGAAAUCUGUUGGGCCACCGGCCCAUCACUCCGGCCGAGGAAAGCCUGUGGCACCGGCUGGAAGGUCAGGAUGUCUGCGCGGGGCCCCGCCAUCGGGAUCGACCUGGGCACCACUUACUCGUGCGUGGGCGUUUUCCAGCACGGGAAAGUGGAGAUCAUCGCCAACGACCAGGGCAACCGCACCACCCCGAGCUAUGUGGCCUUCACAGAUACCGAGCGCCUCAUCGGCGACGCCGCCAAGAACCAGGUGGCCAUGAACCCCACCAAUACCAUCUUCGACGCCAAGAGGCUAAUCGGGCGCAAGUUUGAAGACGCGACGGUGCAGUCGGACAUGAAACACUGGCCGUUCCGGGUGGUGAGUGAGGGCGGGAAGCCGAAAGUGCAGGUGGAGUACAAGGGGGAGAUUAAGACCUUUUUCCCGGAGGAGAUCUCUUCCAUGGUCCUGACCAAGAUGAAGGAGAUCGCCGAGGCUUAUCUGGGGGGGAAGGUGCAAAGCGCCGUCAUCACGGUCCCGGCCUACUUCAACGACUCCCAGCGCCAGGCCACUAAGGACGCCGGUACCAUCACCGGCCUUAAUGUCCUGAGAAUCAUCAACGAGCCCACGGCCGCGGCCAUUGCCUACGGCCUGGACAAAAAAGGGAGCGCAGGGGGAGAAAAGAACGUACUGAUCUUUGACCUCGGGGGUGGGACCUUCGAUGUGUCCAUCCUCACCAUCGAGGACGGCAUCUUCGAGGUGAAGUCGACAGCCGGCGACACCCACCUGGGUGGGGAGGACUUUGACAACCGCAUGGUGAGCCACCUGGCUGAAGAGUUCAAGCGCAAGCACAAGAAAGACAUCGGCCCCAACAAGCGAGCGGUCCGGCGCCUCCGCACCGCUUGUGAACGGGCUAAACGCACACUGAGCUCCUCCACUCAAGCCAGCAUUGAAAUCGACUCACUCUAUGAGGGCGUGGACUUCUACACCUCUAUCACCCGAGCCCGGUUCGAGGAGCUCAAUGCCGACCUCUUCCGCGGGACUCUGGAGCCAGUGGAGAAAGCUCUUCGAGAUGCCAAACUAGACAAGGGACAGAUCCAGGAGAUUGUGCUGGUGGGUGGUUCUACUCGUAUCCCCAAGAUCCAAAAGCUGCUGCAAGAUUUCUUCAAUGGCAAGGAGCUUAACAAGAGCAUAAACCCUGAUGAGGCUGUAGCAUAUGGAGCGGCUGUUCAAGCAGCGAUUCUUAUCGGAGACAAAUCUGAGAAUGUGCAGGACCUCCUGCUGCUUGAUGUUACUCCGCUGUCUUUGGGUAUUGAAACCGCAGGUGGAGUGAUGACUCCCCUGAUUAAGAGAAACACCACUAUUCCCACUAAGCAGACCCAAACCUUCACAACUUACUCCGACAACCAGAGCAGUGUCUUAGUGCAGGUGUACGAGGGAGAAAGGGCAAUGACCAAGGACAAUAACCUGCUCGGCAAGUUCGACCUCACAGGUAUCCCUCCUGCUCCCCGUGGGGUGCCCCAAAUCGAGGUAACUUUUGACAUAGACGCCAAUGGCAUCCUCAAUGUGACUGCAGCAGACAAAAGCACCGGCAAAGAAAACAAAAUUACCAUAACUAAUGACAAAGGCCGUCUAAGUAAGGACGAUAUCGACCGGAUGGUACAAGAGGCAGAAAGGUACAAGUCAGAAGAUGAAGCAAAUCGUGAUAGAGUUGCUGCUAAAAACGCAGUGGAGUCAUAUACCUAUAACAUAAAGCAGACAGUAGAAGACGAGAAACUGAGGGGCAAGAUAAGCGAACAGGACAAGAACAAGAUCCUGGACAAGUGUCAAGAGGUGAUAAGCUGGCUAGACCGAAACCAAAUGGCAGAAAAAGAUGAGUUUGAACAUAAGCAGAGAGAGCUUGAAAGAGUCUGCAAUCCCAUCAUCAGCAAACUUUACCAAGGAGGACCGGGUGGAGGCGGUUCAGGUGCCUCUGGGGGACCAACCAUUGAAGAAGUGGACUAAAACAUGCACUCCCAGUCAUCAGCAAACCUUUACCAUUCUCUACACGUUAUUAUUUUUUUUCGUUUAUACUUUAAAGUGUCAGUGUGCCAAGUACAAAGUUUAUUGAAGAAAAUCUUAGCCUGCUGUAUGCAUAUGAAAACAAAGGUACAACAACUUAGUUUAGUAAAGGUUAGUUCUAAAGAUUGUUUAUUUAAAAAAAAAAACUAAUGUUCAGGGUUUGUCUUUAAUGCAUUUUGUGUGUUUGCUAACUUGAGCAUUUUUUGUUAACACUUAAAGUUUGUGCAUGAAGAUUUUGUUUGAGGAGGAAAAAAAAACACCUAUAGGAAAAAAAAAACCGUUUUCCCACCUGUCCUAUGGAAGCUUUGGUAACAAUAAAAUAUUGAGAAGCUUAA